AUGCCGCGCGGUGGCGGGCGCGCCCUGUGGCUGGCGGCGGCCGGGGUGACCGCGGGUGUGGCCUGCGCUGCGUGGAUCUACGUCUGCGCUCCGAGCCCGCCGCCCGCGCCACACCUGCGGGGACCCAGGGCCGGUGAUCCAGCGCGCGGGCGCGCCUGGGAAGGGGGCCACACCGAAGUGGUGGAGAUGGAGAGGGGCAAGCUGAAGAAGAAAGAGAAGGGAAAGGAGCAGGAGAAAGAGAAAACUCGCGAAAGGGGAAAGGAAGAGAAAAAGAGAGAGGUGGAAAAGGAGAUCAAGGAAAAAGAAAGGGGGAACGAGAAGGAGGAAAAACUCAAGAAGAAAGACAACAGAGUGGAGGAAAAGAAAAAAGAACGAGAGACAGAAGAAAAAAACAAGCGAAAAGAAGAUAGAGAGGAAAAGAGGAAAGAACGAGAGGAGGAGGAACAAUACAAGAGAAAAGAUAGAGAGGAGGAAAAGAAAGAACGAGACACGGAGAAGGAAAAAAGCAGGAGAAAAGAAGAUAGAGAGGAGGAAAAGAAAGAACGAGACACGGAGAAGGAGGAAAAACACAAGAGAAAAGACAGAGAGGAGGAAAAGAAAGACCGAGAGACGGCGAAGGAGGAAAAAUACAAGCUAAAGGAGAAAGAGAAGAGAAAAGAGCGAGAGACCGAGAAAGAGCAGGAAAGGAACAGGGGAAAAGAAGAGAAUGACAGCAGCACCUUGGAAAAGCCCUUGUUGGAACCACCGAGCAAAAACAAGCAGAUCCUAGUGUUGGGUCUGGAUGGAGCAGGAAAGACAAGUGUUCUCCACUCUCUGGCUUUAAACAGAGUUCAGCACAGCAAAGCCCCCACCAAAGGAUUCAAUGUGGUGUGCAUCAGCACUGAAGACAGGCAGAUGGAGUUCCUGGAGAUUGGUGGCAGUGAACCUUUCCGUCCCUAUUGGUCAACGUACCUGUCCCAGGGAUUGGUUCUAAUCUUUGUGGUAGAUUCAGCAGAUCACAACAGAUUACCUGAAGCCAAGAAGUACCUUCAUCAGCUGAUCAGAAUCAACCCCAUACUUCCUUUGGUUGUGUUUGCAAACAAACAGGAUCUUGAAACAGCUUAUCACAUUACAGAUAUCCACGAAGCUCUGGCACUAUCUGAGGUAGGAAAUGACAGGAAGCUGUUCUUGUUUGGAACCCAAGUGACUGAAAACGGCUCAGAGAUACCCUCUAGCAUGCAAGAUGCCAAAGGCCUGAUUGCACAGCUGGCUGCAGAUAUGCAGUGACCAGAUCCAGGUCUCCCCUGUGACUUGGGAUUUAAAUGUCAUCAGGGUGUGUUGAAUGGCUUCCACUUUCAAAUAAAAAAUAAGCCAUUUCCUA